AAUGGUAUGUAUUUUACGACCUAUGAAUUCAUACAAAAUGAAUUGAAGAAAAGAAAUGCGCCAAACGAUGUUAGCCUAUUAGGGGCACUGUUCGCUGGAGGGAUCAGUGGUAUGUCUUACUGGGUGAUUGGCAUGCCUCCUGAUGUUCUCAAAAGUCGCUUACAAUCUGCUCCCGAAGGCACUUAUACGCAUGGUAUACGCAGUGUCUUCAAAGACUUGAUGGCGAAAGAAGGUGUUACAGCUUUGUAUUAUGGUGUUACAGCGGUUAUGUUACGCGCAUUUCCAGCUAAUGCUGCUUGUUUUUUCGGCAUCGAAUGUGCAAAUAAGUUAAUGGACAGGUAUGAAAGGAGUCAUUAA